AUGUCGCCUUCUCUCAAUGAUGCGGCGGUUCCUGCUGCUGCUCCGGGCCCAGCUCCGGAACCGGUCAAGUACCUCUGGUUUCGCGAUACCUUUUCCCAGCCCGUCAUUGCCGCCUUCUGCGCUGGCGGUGUUGCUGGUGCCGUCUCUCGAACCGUCGUCUCCCCCCUCGAGCGUCUCAAGAUCCUGUUCCAGGUCCAGAGCGUAGGACGCGAUGCCUACAAGCUGUCUGUAGGCCAAGGUCUGGCCAAGAUGUGGAGGGAAGAAGGCUGGAGAGGCUUCAUGGCUGGCAAUGGCACCAAUUGUGUGCGCAUUGUGCCGUACUCUGCUGUUCAGUUCGGCAGUUACAACUUUUACAAGCGGAACUUCUUUGAGUCUUCUCCCGGCGCAGACCUCUCUCCUCUCGCCCGUCUGACGUGUGGUGGUAUCGCUGGUAUCACUUCCGUCUUCUGCACAUAUCCUCUCGACAUUGUUCGCACUCGACUGUCUAUCCAGACUGCUUCCUUUGCAGAGCUAGGCCCUAGGGCCGAGAAGCUCCCGGGCAUGUGGACUGUCAUGGGCACCAUGUACAAGACGGAGGGCGGUAUCUCUGCCCUGUACCGUGGCAUCAUCCCCACUGUCGCUGGUGUUGCCCCCUACGUCGGCCUUAACUUCAUGGUCUACGAGUAUGUACGCAAGUACCUAACCCCCGAGGGUGACAAGAACCCCAGCGCCGUCAGGAAGCUGCUUGCUGGUGCCAUCUCUGGAGCUGUCGCUCAGACCUGCACCUAUCCCUUCGACGUUCUUCGCCGAAGAUUCCAGAUCAACACCAUGACGGGCAUGGGCUACCAGUACAAGGGCAUUACUGACGCUAUCCGGGUCAUCAUCACUCAGGAGGGCGUCAAGGGCCUGUACAAGGGCAUCGUCCCUAAUCUUCUCAAGGUUGCGCCGAGCAUGGCAUCCAGCUGGCUCAGUUUUGAACUGUCACGCGACUUCUUGGUCUCUCUCAGACCUGAUGGUAUCGAUCUCGACCGCCACCACGUGCGCAGCACGCACCGCAAGGCUCCCAAGAGCGACAAUGUGUACCUCAAGCUUCUCGUGAAGCUGUACCGCUUCUUGACCCGUCGUACCGACUCCAACUUCAACAAGGUCAUCCUGCGCCGUCUCUUCAUGUCGCGCAUCAACCGCCCUCCCGUCUCCAUCUCCCGCAUUGUCGGCAACCUGGACAAGGAGGACAAGCGCACCGUCGUCAUCGUCGGAACCGUCACUGACGACAACCGUCUCCUGACCGUCCCCAAGCUGACCGUCGCUGCCCUGCGCUUCACCGCUACCGCCCGCGCUCGCAUCACCGCUGCCGGCGGCGAGGCCAUCACCCUCGACCAGCUCGCCCUCCGCGCCCCCACCGGUGGCAACACCCUCCUCCUCCGCGGACCCAAGAACUCCCGUGAGGCCUUCAAGCACUUCGGCAUGGGUCCCCACAAGCACAAGAAGCCCUACGUCGAGUCCAAGGGCCGCAAGUUCGAGAAGGCCCGUGGUCGCAGAAGGUCCCGCGGUUUCAAGGUCUAA